CAGAAGCAAAAAGGAACUCAUUAGUGGGCCUGCCAAAUUCAUUUUGUUUUUCCUGUCUCGACAAUCCAUUAGUGGGCCUGACAAAAUUUUCAGCAAACAAAAGUAUAAUGGGCUUAACGAGCAACCAAAUUCUUUUAGCCCGCAGGAAGGACGGAUUCAUGGACCAGUAUAUAUAAUGGACCCCGACUACUAAAUCGUUUUUCUCCGUCUCCGAUCUCUUUCGUGUUCAUCAAUUUUUCCUCACGCCCUUUCAGAAGCCCUCUUGCGAUUUCAAUGGCGCCGCCGUCCGCAGCAGAAGAAUACGAUGCUACCAAAGACGAGAAGAAUCCACCGCCUUUGGAUGAAGACGACAUCGCCCUUCUCAAGACAUACGGUUUAGGGCCCUAUUCCAACAGCAUCAAGAAGGAGGAGAAGGAGAUCAAGGACUUGGCCAAGAAGAUCAACGAUCUGUGUGGUAUCAAGGAAUCGGACACUGGUUUGGCUACACCAAGCCAAUGGGAUCUGGUCUCUGACAAGCAGAUGAUGCAGGAGGAGCAACCUCUUCAAGUUGCCAGGUGCACCAAGAUUAUAAAUCCCAAUACAGAGGACGCAAAAUAUGUUAUAAAUGUCAAACAAAUUGCUAAGUUUGUUGUUGGGCUCGGUGACAAGGUCUCCCCUACAGAUAUUGAAGAGGGGAUGAGAGUGGGGGUUGAUCGUACCAAGUAUCAGAUCCAGAUUCCAUUGCCACCAAAAAUUGAUCCAAGUGUCACAAUGAUGACUGUGGAAGAAAAACCCGAUGUCACAUACAAUGAUGUCGGAGGUUGUAAAGAGCAAAUAGAAAAGAUGAGAGAAGUUGUUGAACUACCAAUGCUUCACCCUGAGAAAUUUGUGAAACUUGGAAUUGAUCCUCCCAAGGGUGUUCUAUGUUAUGGUCCUCCUGGAACUGGGAAAACCUUGUUGGCUAGAGCUGUGGCCAACCGAACAGAUGCAUGUUUCAUCCGUGUGAUUGGCAGUGAACUCGUUCAGAAAUAUGUUGGUGAAGGAGCUCGCAUGGUUCGUGAGCUUUUUCAGAUGGCUCGGUCAAAAAAGGCUUGCAUAGUUUUCUUUGAUGAGGUUGAUGCAAUUGGUGGUGCACGUUUUGAUGACGGUGUGGGUGGAGAUAAUGAAGUCCAACGCACAAUGCUUGAAAUUGUUAACCAGCUUGAUGGAUUUGACGCCCGUGGAAAUAUCAAAGUGCUGAUGGCAACAAACAGACCUGAUACCUUGGACCCGGCACUUCUACGUCCUGGAAGACUAGAUCGUAAGGUUGAGUUUGGACUGCCAGAUCUGGAGAGCAGAACUCAGAUUUUCAAGAUCCACACAAGGACAAUGAACUGUGAAAGAGACAUUCGCUUUGAACUCCUUGCACGCCUUUGCCCAAAUUCAACUGGAGCCGACAUCAGGAGCGUCUGUACUGAAGCCGGGAUGUAUGCUAUUAGAGCACGCAGGAAGACGGUGACGGAGAAGGACUUCCUCGAUGCCGUCAACAAGGUCAUCAAAGGAUAUCAGAAGUUCAGUGCCACGCCUAAGUACAUGGUCUACAACUGAGGCUUGAGGCUUGAGAUGUUGAUGCCGGUUUCUGUAAUUGUAGUUUCUAGUCAAUGAUAUCAAUGCAAAUUUGCUUGACAAACUAGUACUUGUGCAUGCUCCUGCCCUCGUGUUUGUGCACUGCUCUGGUCGAAACUUGAAGUUUGUUUAUGUAACCAGCUAAACUCUUUACUUCUUCUGAACUGGAGAACUGCAAUGAGGACGACCUCUAUAUUUGCUGGGCAGCUUGUUUAUCAUACCCCCACCUCUUCCCAUUUAAUUUUUUAGUCAAAGUGGAUUCUUUUUCUUGCAUUUUAUCAAAUUCAAAUCAGCACUCCUAGACCCUAGUCACUUUAAAAUCUACAAAUUAUUUAAAAGAAAAUCAUUAACAACAUUGUUGAUUAUGGGUGUGUAUUUUAAUAUUAUGUAUUUGAAAUACAAGUGUAUUUGAAAUACGUGUAAUUCAAAUUGGAUACUCAUUCAUAAUGUUGGUAUUUAGAUCUUAGAUUUUUUUUUUAUUUUAAAAUUUAUUUUUACUUACAAUUCAGUACUGUACAUAAAUUUUGGUGGUAAAAUUAUGUUUUGGUACCUUUAUAUGUUUUGCCUCGGCACCUAAACUUUUAAAUUCUACUAAUAGAGAAAUAUCAAAUCACUAGUUGUUGAAAUGUAUAUGAAUUUAUGAGGCAGCUUAAUGGCAUACUCACUCACUCUCCCCGAGCUGCUAAUCGUGAUCGACGACGGAUCUCUCUAGUCUAUCAUAAUAAUAAUUCAUUUCCAUGGCCGUCAACGAGACAAGUCUCACAACAGGGCCGCCGGGUAGUUAGCAUAGUGAACUGUCAUGGUUGACGGUGGCAGUACUGUCACAGGACAGGAGCCGUGCAAAUUUCUACAUGGUUAUGGUACGGGAUCUGAAGAACUUUCAAACUUAUAAUUUUCUUCUUGACAUUUAACACUCGUCUUAAUUUGUCGAAGUCCGAAAGAUGUUAAAAGAGAGAAUAGUCAGAGAGAAAGAAAAAAAACCUACCUCAAAGGCUCAAACUCCCUUACCCCAUUUUUUUGGGCCACACUCAACCCAAAUUUUUUUCAUUUGGGUCUCCAUUAAACUCAUAGUAUUGGAAGUCAGAAAAGAAAUUGGCUACUCGAUUAUAAUACAAUUAUUGUCUUAAUUUUUUUGAAACGAAUAGAAAUGUGGAAACACAUGCAUUAAAGGUGUAUAAUUGGUUUGAAGAUAGUUAAUAAAAUGUUGGGAAUUGUUUGUUGUGUAUACAGUUAUUUAGACCCAAAUAAAUUGAACCAAAUAGUAUCCAACCCAAAACUAUUAAGAGUGCAUAUGAAUUCAUUUAGAUCCGAUCCAAUACUCAUGAGUCAUGAUAAUUGAAUCAAAUUACCCUGUAUGUAGACCCAUUGUCAUCGUAUCAACAAUAUGGUACAGUUAUCUAGUCCUAACAUAAUACAACAUGCAUAAAGAAGGUAUUGUCCUAAAAAUGUAUCAAAAUGAAUUUUCAUAUUGGACCACAAUUACUAUGAUUUCAUUGUUAAAAUUUUUUGCAAACCGAAUUAAAAGGGAGGAGAAUACACUUUAUUAAUCAAGAAGGGACUAGUAUUUAUUCAUUUAGAUCCGAUACAAUACUCAUGAGUCAUGAUAAUUGAAUCAAAUUACCCUGUAUGUAGACCCAUUGUCAUCGUAUCAACAAUAUGGUACAGUUAUCUAGUCCUAACAUAGUAUCAACAAUAUGGUACAGUUAUCUAGUCCUAACAUAAUACAACAUGCAUAAAGAAGGUAUUGUCCUAAAAAUGUAUCAAAAUGAAUUUUCAUAUUGGAC